ACAUAGAGCUGAAUGUGUUUUUUGAGAUUUGGCUAAAAAUCUAUUCCAUCAUAAGACUUUUCCUAGUGGGCUCUGCAAUUCGCAUAUAUUUGUCUCAUGUAUGUAGUGAGGUUAGAAAGUUCAGAAGUUUUUUAGAAUUAUUGUGAUUCUAUUCCAAUCGAUUUCAAUGUAUUUGACGCAUGGGUUAGCCUUUCUUCAGAAGUUUGGCUAAAAUGUAGAGUAUAUACUGUUUACUAGUUUGUAUGAGUGUUUUUAUUGCUGAAAAUGUUCUUUAAGUCACCUCUGUGUUUUUUUAAUCCUGAACAGGUGGUUAAGACUCUUCUUGAGAUUAGUGUGGAGCACUCUUGGGCAAAAGUAGUGCACAGCAAGCUCAUUUGCAUGUUAACAAAUAUGCUGUACCAAGUAUCAGAUUUAACUCAGAAUGGUGUUCGUGACACACAUUUUGUUCCUGAGCGGAUUGAUCUUCUUGGUGGAAUUGACUACAUUUGUCUUGAGUAUUCACGAGCCAACUCCAGGGAAGAGAAGCGGGAUUUAUUUUUUGUCAUUUUUGACUACGUAGUGCAUCAAAUAAAUGAAGCGUGCUUGGCUGGUGGUAUUUCGACCUAUACUUAUGAUGAUGCCCAGCCCCUUGCUUCCCUUCUUGCAUUUGCUGAUGCCCCUGAGGCCUUUUACAUAUCUGUGAAGCACGGUGUUGAAGGUGUCGGAGACAUGCUAAGAAAAGCUAUAUCAGCAGCAUUAUCGCAGUCUGCUCAAUACGACCAAUUGAAUGUGCUUCUGGACAAGGUUAUGAGGAAACUUGAUGGAACUGCCAGCACAUUUUCCAGGAUUGACAAUGAGUUUUCUUAUAUGAUCCAAGUAACGAAAUCAUGCAAGUGUUUUAGCAGCAUUAGAGAUGGAUGUGAUGAUGCUGAUGUCGCACUUAGAGCCAGGCUUUGCUGGGCAACUUUGCACUCACUUCUUCACUCACAGAUUUCAUCAUAUAGGCACCAUGGAUAUAUUUGGUUAGUUGAAUUGCUCCUUUCAGAAAUCAGUGAAGAAACAGAUGGUUCUGUAUGGUCUAAAAUUCAAAAGCUUCAAGAGGAAAUG